AUGAAGUUAACGGAAGAAUCUCGUAAAAAAAUGUGUUUAGAAUCACGUUGGACGAUAAUGAUAGUUAUAUGUGGUGAAUUGUUUUUAUUUUCUCUAAUAGUAAUCGGUACGUUAGUUAUCUAUUAUAAAUUUGCUCAACCAGCAAAAAACGAUGUAAUACAAGAGAUUGCUGAUUCACUGGACGAAACGCGAUCCAUUUCCGUUCAACGUUCAUCACUAAAAGCACGACCAGAAAAUUUUGGCAUUCCAGUUGAUGAAGUUAUCGAUUCAAUAUGCGUUCACUCACAACAAUUAUCUCUGCAACAACAACAAUUCUGGAACGUGUGA